AUGAGCACUCACAAGCAAGGGUGUGACCAGCCCUUAGAUGCAGGCCCACAGGCUGAGAAAACUCGCCCACCCAGUGUCACCCACGCAAAAGAGCCGCACCUGCACUCCAAGGAGGAGCAUGGGGACGAGGGGGUCGCGCCAACGACGGAGUACGAGCCAGGCAUCGAGCACUGCGAGCAGCUGCUCGCGCGGUCGUGGUCGGAGCGAAAGCCGGAGCAGCUGCGAACGCACGUCUGUGAGCACAUACUCGUACAUAAGCUACUACAGCCCCGCAACAACGCGGAGGGUGAGGUGGAGGAGGGCGAUGUGGGGGCCCGGGCGCGGCGGAGGAGGCGCAGGGCGACGCGCGCGAAGGCGGGUGAUGCGGAGGCGGGCGACGCGCACGGAGGAGGGCGACGUGAAGGAGAGCGGUGUGGAGGAGGCGGGCGGGUGGGCUACGCGAAGGAGGCGGCAGGCGCGGGCGGAGCAGGGCGAGGAGCAGUAGGGCAGCGUAAGCGAGCGGCGCAGGCGGGCGAUACGGGCGAGGCGGGGGAGGGAAGCGUGGAGGGUAACGCGCGGACGGAGGGCAGCGCACGGGCAGAGGAAGGUUGUACUGUGGAGGAGGGACGAGGGUGGAGGAGGGCGACGCGGAGAAGGGCACGGAGGAACGCGGUGUGGAAGAGCGCGGUGAUGCGGGAGGAUGAGGGUGAUGUGGAGGAGGCGGGUGACACGGGCAGAGGAGGGCGGAGCGAAGGAGGCGGCAGGCACGGGUGGAGAAGGGCGGCGUGGGUGAGCUGCGUGGGCGGGCGACGCGGGCGGAAGAGAGUGGGCGGAGGAGAGUGGGCGGAGGAGGAGGUCAAGGGGGACGUCUUCGGCCUGUCGUAG